AGUGGGGACACCCGCUGGGGACAAACUCUUCGGCGCCACAGGGACGAUGUACGGCAACAUCGAGUCCAGCCAAGCCGGGCAGGGGCAAACGUGGGUGCUGGGACCCGGCGGUGGGGAAGCCUGCAGCGACCUGUGCCCCGCAGAGGAGAACCUGUACGAACCCCUGGACCCCCCCAUCGCCAUGCCAAGCCAGAAGCACGUGCCCGACCCCCCAGGUACGGCGUGGACGAGGGCAAGAGCAUCGCCGGCAGGACAAAACACCGCUGCGGUUAAAGCCGGUGCCAACCGGCUCUGCCCAAACCGGGAACCGGUCGUCACUCACCCACCCUCCCCAGCAUCAGCGUGGAGCUCCAGGGAGAAGCUGGUGCUGGUGGGCACCGUGGCCCUGGGGGUCUCGGUGCUGAUGAACGUACUCUUCCUCACCGUCGGCUUGCGGCACAUUACAGCCCUGACAGAGACGCUGGAGGCUGAGAAGGCGAAGGAGCUGCCAAAAUUGGCCUCCCAGUCCUUCCUGCUGUACAACGAACACCACCGCAAGUGCGUGGAGGCCAGCGGGAAACAGCUGACGGCAACGACGUGCCGGCCCGAAGCCGCGGCACAACAGUUCCGGUGGUUACACGGCAGCCAGUUACAGGGCUCGGCGAGCCAGCGCUGCAUUACGGCAACCCUCGGGCAAAACUUGGCCUUCGUAAGGCUGGAACCGUGCCAGGACAACAGCUCGCUGCAACGCUGGGAAUGCCGCGACGGUGGGCUGUUGGCACUCGCCGGUUACGAUCUCUACUUCAAUUACGGCAACAACCAGAAGCACACGGUGAUGCUCUACACCGGGGACCGCGAAUGGAGCCGCUGGGUCAUCCACGGGAGCAAGGAUAACGUCUGUUCCCGCUCCUGUUGUCCCCCUUGCUCCAAAGGCUGGAUUUAUUAUGGGAACUCCUGCUAUUUCUACUCCAAGACGUUGAGUUCCUGGGCAAACGCCCAGCAUUUCUGCUCCGUCCUGGAUACGCAGCUCCUGGAGGUGGAUAGCCCCGAGGAGAAGGAGUACAUCCAGAACAUGCUGCAAGGCUCCUCCUGGCUCGGCAUCCGGGAUGAGGAAGUCGAGGGCACCUGGAAGCGGGCAAAUGGGACUGUUGUACCCCGGGAAAGCAGCUCGUGGCACAGGAACGAGCCCAACGGCGGGUUCCAGGAGAACUGUGCGGCGGUGAGGAAGGACGGCGAGUGGUACGACUUCCCCUGCACGGGUCAGCUCCCCUGGGUGUGCGAGGGACACCCCUGAGUGUGCAAGGGACACCCCAAAAGCUCUCCCAUCAGCACCCACUAAUCCCCGGGGGGGGGGCUCCCCCAACCUCUCUCCACUUGCCACAUCUGACCUGCAGCACUCCGGGAUGCAGCCCCGACCUUCAGCGUGUCCGUUUAAGGUCCAUGGAUGGAUCUCCAGGGAAAAUUUGGGGUACGGGGUGAAGCCGGAGGGGGGGAAUCCCUGCGGGGCAAUAAACACAUGCGCAGAGUGAAACCCUGCUCCGGUGAUGUGGAGGGGGCCGCGUGGGAUGGGGGACCCCCGAUGACGUGGGAUGGAUGGGUGCGGGGUGGUUCCUGGCUCUGGGUUUGGGGGUCCCCCGGCGGAGCAGCGGUGGUUUGGGGGAUGAUGCCACAUGGAGAAUGGAGGGGUCUUGGGCGCCCAGGCUCCCCCAAU